AUGAUGCUGGACAACCAUGCAGGUUAUGUCUUCAGCAACUUCUCCCUCGCACGACCCGUCAGUGACGACGUGGCCACCGAAGCCCUUUCCAAAGCCUUUCCGUACGACUGCAUCUGGCCCCCAAAGCCCAUCCCUGCAGAACACCGGGUUGCAGGCUUUGGCGCUGUGCCGACGGCUGCGGAGGCGCUCAAUGAGAAGCCGCAGUCUCGGGCCGAGGCUUCGGAUCGCGCCUUUCGCAUACGGCAGUGGAUGGAUAUGGCCAACUAUGUCGGCUCCGACAUGCUACCGCCCAUAGCGCUCAUGCCGCCCCGUGGGCCGCCGUUCGGACCCCACAUUGGCGAGGAGAUCAAUACGUAUUCGACCCUGGACCCGGCCCUGUACACACCCACGACGCACAAGCCGUGGCGCGGCAUCUGGGUCGGCGACUAUAGCGGGCACGGGUGCGAGUUUCUUUUGAUCAACCAGCCCGACGACAAGGACGCGACGGACCAAGAGCUCGGGCUCGCGAGGAACGCCUCGGAGAGUGAUGAGGAUUGGGCGAAGCGACAGCUCGAGGCCAGGGUGUACCGCGGCAGGCUUGAAGCCAUCAAGUUGACGGGAGACGCGAAUGUGCCCCGCGGCGAGUACACCUUUAUCGCUGAAGACCUAGGUCCCGAGGGGUCUGCCGGUGUUGCGACGGAGGAACCCUUUGUCGGAGCGCGCAUCGUCAAGAGCAGGGGGCACGUGGCGGAUACAGGGUACUUUAGCGACAAGUACAUCGCUUCACAGCUGUUUUUGAUAUCGCCUAAUAGGCUGGCGCAAUUCUGGGUGGACUUUGGGCAUAUAAGUUAUUUCGAGCGCGUCGACAUUGACAGUCUGUUGACCGUAUCAUGA